CCCAGAAAUGUUCUUUUUUGUUUUUAAUAGAAAAUUGCUGGAUUUUUUGGGUGGAAUUGUUUUUUGUUUUUUAUAUACCUACCAUGACUCUAAUACAUCGUCGUGUAAAUUCACUGAAAAAUCAGUAAAAAAAAAAAACUAAACCUGAACAUUUUCUAACUUGUGAAUCUGUAGGUGUUGCGUUUAGCCAGCAGAGGGCGACUGAGCGCCAAAUACCGGGUAAAGUGCUGCGGGUGUCCUGAAGCGCUCCAGCACAGUCCAGUCAGAUGAGCUGUGGAAUUAUUUGUGGUUCAUUGAAAUGCGAGAAAAUGUCACCGUUCACCCGGUUUGCACCGUAGAGGUCAGAGUGCACAGGAAGAAGCUUCACCUGGAGCGCUCCCCGACCUUCAGAGGGAAUUUUUUUUUCUUCUUUUUUUGCUGCCAAACAAAAGAUGGAGGAGUGGAGGAAUCCUCUGCGAGGUGUGAGGAAGUCCUCACAACAUCGCUCCUCUUUUAACCCUGUAACAACGUUUUACCAGCGUUGCAACGAGGUGACGAGUUCAGCGGACGGUAGCUCCACCAGGGUGUUUGCUAAUUGCUGUCUCAAGAUGGCGCUAAGUUCACGGAGGCUUCUUGCAGCUGAAUUGUUGCCACGGGUGAUUAAAGGAUUUCUUUAAAAUGCCUGAAAGAAUCAAGACAACACUCCAGGCGGAUUCCUUUUUGUCAGCGUCAUGAUGCCAGCCGUCACCGAUGUUCACAAAAGUGGCACAAAGUACCACCAGCGGCCGGAUGCUGUUAAGGAGGUCAUGCCGUGCGUCCAGACCCUGUGUAGCUCCUCGCCACAAGGCGCCAGCCCCGCGUCUCAGAGCGCCGCCGCUGAGUGCAGCUGCGACUUCCUCACGCCGGAGUUUGUCAAGUUCAGCAUGGACCUGACGAACAGCGAGCUCUCGGCCGCCUCAUCCGGACCCGCUUUCGGCAACUCCGCGGACGGCUACGGCGCCGGUUACGACGCGAAGCCGCCAUGCGUCUUCCAGAUGCCCGCGGUCCAGGCGGAGCUGCCGUGCGUCAAAGUGGAGGAUGUGCACGGAUGUCCGCGCUAUCAGACUCCCCUGCAGUCAUCCCCCUCCUCGGAUGACUUGCUCUCCUCCCAGAGCUCCGUGUAUUACUACCGCGCGCCCUCACCGCACAGCUUCCACCCGCCACAUGGACACAUCUGGGAGGAUUCCGGCUCUCUGUACAAAAACGCGCUUUCCAGGUUUUCCUUGUUUUCUCUGAAGCACACGCCGCACGGCACCCAGAGCUUCCCCACCUGCCAGGUGAAAUUUGACGUCUCCAUGAACUUGGACGCGGGCGGUGGCGGGUCGCACCACCAACAAGGGAAAGCCCUCGGAAUGGGCUUCCCUCGCCCUCUCCAGUUCUCCCACAGCCACCACUUUAUGGAAUACCAGAGCUCUGUCGGAGUCGCGCGAGGAGCGAUGAGCUCGGAGGGGCUGUGCGCGGUGUGCGGGGACAACGCAGCCUGUCAGCAUUAUGGAGUCCGCACCUGCGAGGGCUGCAAGGGCUUCUUCAAGCGAACGGUGCAAAAAAAUGCCAAAUAUGUGUGCCUGGCUGCAAAAAGCUGUCCUGUGGACAAGCGACGGCGGAACCGAUGCCAGUAUUGUCGCUUCCAGAAGUGCCUGGCGGUGGGAAUGGUCAAAGAAGUGGUGAGGACAGAUGGUCUUAAAGGCAGAAGAGGUCGUCUACCGUCCAAGCCUCGAGCUUUGCCAGACUCGUUUUUACCUGGCAGCACCCUUCUGAGUGCUGUGGUUAGGGCACAUAUAGAGUCAAAUCCUCCAGCGUCUCGCCUGGACUACUCCAAAUUCAAGGAGAGUCCAGGUGACCCGCUGGGUGACGAUGCUCAACACGUCCGACAGUUCUACGACCUCUUGAUGAGAUCGAUGGAAGUCAUUCGGAGUUGGGCGCAGAGGAUCCCAGGUUUUUCCACCCUACCUAAACACGACCAAGACCUCCUCUUCUACUCAACCUUCCUGGAGCUGUUUGUCUUGCGGCUGUCGUACAGAUCCAACCCAGAGGAGGGGAAGCUGAUCUUCUGUGAUGGGUCGGUGUGGCAUCGGCUACAGUGCCUGCGAGGCUUCGGGGAGUGGAUUGACGGGAUUGUUGAGUUCUCCGCCAACCUGCAGAGGAUGAACCUGGACGUUUCCACCUUCUCCUGCAUCUGCACCCUAGCUUUACUCACCGUCUACAAAAUGAUUAAAGAUCUCCUUGUGGUUGUUGCUAAUGCUAAAUUUGGAACGCUCAGAGCGCCACGGGCUGAAGGAGCCAAAGCGGGUCGAGGAGCUGCAGAGCAACGUGGUCAGGUGCUUAAAAGACAACGAAGCCGCCGGUCCGGAUGGAGGCGGCCCGAACCGCUGGUCCAACCACCUGUCCAGACUUCUGGAGAAGCUGCCAGAACUUCGCACUUUGUGCAUCCAAGGCCUGCAGAGGAUUUUCUACCUGAAGCUGGAGGACUUGGUGCCGCCGCCGGCUGUGAUAGAUAAGUUAUUCCUGGACACGCUGCCAUUUUAGAGACUUUUUUUUUUUUCUUUAAAAAAAAACAACAACAAACAGAUGGAGGACUUUGACUUCUUCCUUCUGAAAUCAUCAGUGAUUCCUGGCAGUCUGAAGUCUUUGCUCAGCCUGAAUACGGUUUAAGAAUUAAAAUUCAUGUUGCUGGGUGAGUUUUUGGGCCAAACAAUUUGGAGAAAGCUGAUGAGUUUUGCCCACAGGACAUUUGCAACUUUUUAUACAGUAACUGUAAAUUAAGCACAGCUACAUGUGUGAACACAUUUUCCUGCCUGUAAAAAAGCAUUUUGAUACAAAACAAGCACUUCUUUUUUCAUGCUUCUAUUUAUUAGUGAAUUGUUAAGUAUUAUUAGUUACAAAAUGGUUCGCUGUGUUCAGUCUGACAGUCAUGUCCAUAAUUUAAUAAAGGGCAAAGUUCAAAUUAUGUUGUUUUUUUUUCUGAUUGACCUACUUUUAUUCAAACCUCAAUGUAUUUUAUUGAGAUUUCACAUGAGUGGAGCAUAAAUG